UGGCUUAAUUUAUGAAGUCACUAAAGGAGGUGACUUGUGGUAGUGCAAGCAUACUUACAAAUUACAAUUACCAAUCAUAAAAAAAUUUGGAGAAAUCAUUCAACAACAGUCACAUAAGAAAAUGUCCUUACCAGAGCUUGAGCUCCCUGGCUUCCGUUUUCAUCCCACUGCUGAAGAACUCAUCAACUUCUACCUCAAAAGGAUUAUCAAAGACAAAAAACUUGACUCCAAUGUCAUUGCCUUUGUCAACAUAUAUCUCCACGAUCCUUGGGAGUUACCUGUAGGAUUGGCAAGAAUUGGGGAAAGAGAGUGGUAUUUUUUUGUACCAAUAAACAGGAAACAUGGUCCUAAAGGGAAGCCCAACAGAACCACAAGAAAUGGUUUCUGGAAGGCAACUGGUUCUGAUUGCCAAAUUCGUUCAACAUUAGACCCAAAGAAGGUUAUUGGGCUCAAGAAGACUUUGGUUUUCUAUGUUGGAAGGGCACCUAAAGGGUGCAGAACUGAUUGGGUCAUGAACGAGUACAGACUUCCUGAUGGCCACCCCUUACCUAAGGAUCAUGACAUAGUACUUUGCAAAGUUUACAGAAAGGCAACCUCCUUUAAAGUAUUGGAGCAAAGGGCAAUAGCUGAAGAACAUGCAGCAAAAAGACACCCAACAUCUACACAAUCAGAUGACAAUCUUGGUCCUUUGUUCCCACAAGAAGACUUGGAAUCAUCAGCCUCACAUAAUCUUAUCUCUUUCAGAAGCUUACAAGAAGAAAAUCAUAACACCGCGAUUAAGCUACCUCAAUUAUCUGCUUCAAAUCCAUUUUUAGAGCCACCCAAGUUUAGCAUUGACUCAUUAUCAAGUCCCCUCUGGACUGAAAUACAGAGCACAGGGCAAGACUUGUGGAGUCUAUUUUCUUUAUCUUGAAGAGAUCAAUUCCUUACCCUUUUAAUUUAAGCUUAGAAUGAUAUACUUCAAGAUGAAAGUCUUUUCAGGACUUUUUAUAGUUACAUGUUUGAUGUCGGAAUAAGUAAGUUGUCUCUUUCAUAGUGGAAAUUAUGAUUGUAGUCUGACAGUUUUAACUCUAUAGCUGUUUAGGCUAAUAAGUCAUUAUUAGGAAUCUUGAUGUAAAUUACCUUCCCCUUUCUUUGGUUUAUGAUGACUUCUUUAUGCAGUCAAAUAGCCCAUCAACGCCAGAAAAAAAUUGCGAGGUUCAACCA